GUAAGAUUUCGUCUUUUAACGUAGGCAAGUAGCAUGUGACGGCAGGGAUAUCGACACAUCAUAAACGUACUACAAUUGCAUUGACAACUGCUUACAUCCACUUCAUAAUGUUGUCCGCUUUCAUACCUUUGACAUCGGCAGCAGUUACUUGCUUACCAGUUCUCUCCUUAAUACUUUUGAUAACUUCAUGUGCUGACUCACAGUGAAGUAUUACGGGCUUCAAGUUCUAUUUUUCUUCUGACGAUAAUCUCCUUGUCCAUGGAUCACAUACCAUCCAUGAACUACUACAUGGAUGAUUGUUGAGCAUGUUGUAGGAUUUGAUGACAUAUCCUUGCUCCUCUAGUCUUACACGGAAUUUAGAUUGACAAUUACGGAAUUUAGACCUUAAACAUAAGAUAUUAGUUAAAGAUCUUACGAUUUUUGCUUCACUUUCAAACCUUCCGAUUUCCGUUUAUGACCAAACGUACAAUUAAACGUUACAAACAGGUAUUUGAACCUGACAUCCUUCAGCAAUCUGCUUUCUGUGUGGAUGUAACGAGUAUAAGUAGUCUGAGAAGCGAUGAAAUUAUAAUUCCAUACUUUUUGGAACUCUUUUAAGGCGCUUUCAAAAUUAUCCCACAACACGAAACGCUUGUUCAGUAUCAUACUUCGAAAGGCAUCGGUUAGGUCGACUGAAAUGUCACUUGAGCAUGAAGCACUAAAAACAGACAUGACUAAUUAUUAAAAAGUUAUUCCUUGCAACAAUAAUAACCCAAGGAAAUACUACAAAUACUUAGGAUUUACCUGUGACUUGACAUUUCGUUGAGCUUUACUACAGUUGUUGGGAUCAAAGAUCAAAUUACAGAGCAACAACUGAGCCAAAGUGUACACUACAAAACAGAGAACGCUAAAUUAAUGGUUUUGGUAUUUAUUUCGUGCUUUUUUAUGUAGCAUAAGAUGACUUAUAUAUGAAAAAACUUGAUACUCAUGCAAUCCAACCAACCCACGGCAAUUGAAAUACGGAAUGACCGCCUCUAGUCAAGCCGUUCAAGGUCGUUGAAACGAAAGGGCGGGCACAUUUCAAAAGGACCUAACGUUUAAACCGUGCCUUCUAUUAGCUCCAUCAACCAUCUAGACCGGGCUGGAGUCAACCAACUCAGACGUCUUAAGAUUAUCAGGCUUAGUUAUUUUUGUUAUCUCAUCAGAUGUCGAAAGAUAUUGAAAAAAUCGUGUCUGUUUUACGCAAAGGAAUCACUGAAGGCGUUUUAAACACCUUAGAAUCACGUAAAUGUGCCAUCCGAAAUAUUCUAAAGUUGUUCCUGGAAAACGAGGAAGACAUUGUCAAAGCACUAGAGAAAGAUCUUCGCAGGUGUCGAACUGAAUCUAUUUUAACGGAUAUAGACCCUUCAGUAGGUGAAGCGAAAACAAUACUCUCUAAUAUGGAUUCAUGGUUGAAAGAGGAGUCGGUUCCAUCGUCAUUCAUCACGUUAAUGGAUACAGUAACUAUUCAAAAGCAGCCAUACGGUGUGGUUUUAAUAAUAAGCCCUUGGAACUUCCCCUUCAUUUUAUCAUUUCAGCCUCUAAUUGGUGCAAUUGCUGCUGGGAAUAGUGUUCUUCUUAAGCCGUCAGAAUUGACUCCAGCGUGUUCUCAGCUGAUUGGUGAGCUUAUCCCUAAGUAUUUAGAUAAAGUAAGUUGUUGGUCAAAUUAAAGGAGAUUUCCAUGGACUGAAGAAAGUAAGAAUUUUUCUGCACUUAGUUUCUAUUACUUUGACCUGACAUUCUAAAAUGGAAGUAUUAAAUUCCUAGAAAAUAUGAAGGGGGCAAAGUGUGGCACUUCAAACAGAUGCAAACUUAGUAAAAAGAACGAAUACGAAUUUUUCAUUAUUGGGUACAGAUUUGUGCCUAAUCCUUCACUGUCCAUGAUUAACGAUUGACUAGUUACCAAGUCCAUAAGUAUAAGCCAUAUAGAAUUUCACUGCUUAUUGUUCAAUAAAAAUAUAUGUAGGAACUAUUGUAUGAUGUAGAUUUAGAUUAUUCCAAGUUAUGUCUAAUCAUAUCGCAAAUUUCUGAUUUGUUACCGUUUAGUUUGGGUGACUGAAACUGGUGUAAAGUAUAUGCUCUCCACUUUUUAAAGCAUCAAUUGUAAAACGAGACUGCACCUUUGGAAUUUUCGUCCAACGUCCCGUAGACAGAAUGCUUUCAGUGGCGAAGUUGAGUAGAAAAAUAAAACUGAUGACCCCAUCUAACAUCGUCUUCAGUUUAUAAUGGUGACAUUUCUAUGUAACCACUACUUGAUAUACUUUCCACAACUUAAUAAACGUCAACACGUUUUUCAGGAAUCAAUAUAAAUAUCCUUCAAGUAAUAUUCUUAGUCUGUAAUGCUUUUAACAGCUCUUGUGUGUCCUAGUAAUGAAAUCACAGUCCCUAUAUCCACGAAGAAAGCAUAUCCCUAAAACAUUAGUUCGGUUUUGUGAAACUAGUUUAAUAGUAGUUAGUAUCUUAAUAGUCCAGACCGUUGCUGCUACCUUGACGUGGUGAACCAUAUUGCCAUCAGUCAUCGUUGUAGAGGCUUGAUAGAAGACUCACGCUCGUUCUGGAAUACCUGCUUGGACUCUAAUAAUGCUCUAAUACGGGCACGCAUUUGUUUGAGCCUCACUGGAUGCAGAAAAUCCACAUUAAGAAGACCCAUUAGAAUUGAACUGAGUGACGAAAAAGCAGAAAGUAGAUUCCAGGAACAACUGAGGUCACACUUAGGUAGUUUUGAAAACGAGGCUGACCCAGAUGUUGCUUGGAAAGAUAUACAAACAGCAGUGACAUCUAUCAGUGAUUUAAACCAAAGGGUUACAAAACACCAAUCGAUUUCUUCUAAGUCUAUUGCACUAAUGGAUUCUCGUAAACUCAUCCCAUCAGGAUCUGAACACGAUGAAGAGCGAAAGCAGAUCAGAUCUUGGUUAACCAACAGUCUAAGGAACGACCGUCAGCGGUGGUGGGCAACGAAAGCACAUAGAGGUGGAAAAGGUGGCGGCUGUAGGUAAUACAAAACAGCUCUACAGACUAAUAAAAGAAACUAAGAUUAAUAAGUCAAGUGUAAGUGAGACUAUCUCGGAAAAAGACGACACUCUUAUCUGCUCCCAGUCCAGACGUUUAGAACGAUGGGCGGAACAUUUUAAGGAGCAGUUCAGCUGGCCUCCAGCUACUCUACAACUACCCACCAUUUCCAGACAGCCUGAAUGGAACAUUGAAGUAGGUCCCCCGACUCUAGUUGAAGUUCAAAAGGCUAUAGAUAAUCUGAAACGAGGAAGAGAAGCUGGUCCAGAUGGAUUGGCUACAGAGGUCUUUAAGGAUGGUGGUCCAAUUUUAGCGAUUAGGUUGACUAAUAUUUUAGCUAAAAUCUGGGAGUUGGACGUAAUCCCAUCUUAUUGGUCACAAUCACUGAUUGUCCCAAUAUAUAAAAAGGGGUCAAAAUCAUCCUGUGAUAACCAUAGAGGGAUUAGUUUGAUUAACAUAGCAUCUAAAAUACUAGCUUCAAUAAUUAUCGGACGCCUAACUAAGACUCGUGAACUGCAAACACGAGAAAAUCAGGCUGGCUUCAGACCUGGCUGUGGCUGCAUCGACCACAUGUUCACCAUUCGUCAGGUUCUAGAACAUAGGCAUACUUAUCGGCGUCCGACAAUUAUAGUGUUUCUUGACCUAAAAGCAGCAUUUGACUCUGUAGACCGAGAGGUCCUGUGGCAGUGUCUGUCAUUAAAAGGUGUACCUCAGAAGUACAUAAACCUUGUGAAGGCUCUUUACUCGAACACCAAUAGUCAAGUCAGAGCUUAUGACGAACUGUCAUCUGAUUUUGCAGCCUCAAAUGGUGUCCGGCAGGGCAGUCCACUUUCUCCAUUUUUAUUUAACUUCAUCAUAGACCUACUGAUGGAAAUAACGCUCUCGUCGAUUGAAUUUUCAGGCAUUGAUCUCCUACCGGGAGGUCCACUUAUCGACUUAGAAUACGCAGAUGAAAUAGUUGUGUUUGGUGAAGACGCUAAUAAAAUGCAGAGUCUUUUGGUAGGACUGAGCAACAAUGCCAGGAUGUUUGGGUUGCGCUUUUCCCCCUCUAAAUGCACGUUGUUGCUUCAGGACUGGCCUGUGUCAAUACCUGAACUAAGGAUAGGGGUGAAGUAGUUGAACGCAUCGACAACUUCAUUUAUCUUUGAAGUCUAAUCAACCCUAAUGGGUUGGUGUCUGACAAAAUCUCUGCAUGGAAUCGUUUGGCUUUUGUCAACUUACGUCAUCUAUGAAGAAGACGAGAUCUCCAUCGGUCAAUUAAGAGAUGAAUAUAAUUCACGGCUGGGAAACUUGGCCGUUAAGGAUACUCGUAAGUUACUAGUAUUCGAUCACAGUUGUCUUAGAGAUAUUGCUCACAUCUGCUGGGAUCACCGGGUAAGUAAUGGUGAGGUUACAUGCAGGGUAUUAAGGAAUGAUGGUAAAUCAGUUGAUGAGGUUGUAAAUCUUCAUAGACUGAGAUGGUUGGGCCACGUGUUACGUAUGCCUGAACACCGAUUACCACCACGCGUAAUGCUGACUAGUGUUGGGGAUGGUUGAAAGAAAGUUAGGGACGGUCAAACCAAAACGUGACAUCAGUGCUUGAAGUCACUAACUUCUAGUCUUAGCCAUGUUGGUAGAUGCAGACUACUUGGUUGGGGUCCGCGUGACUAUCGUAACCAAUGAUUGGAGACUCUGAGUGACAUGGCUCAGAAUCGGUCACAAUGGCGUAGGUGUAUGCACUCUCUGUCUUCCCUUACACUAUGAGGUUAAGAUUGCUUUAUAUCUUUCUUUCUACCAACUAAUCCUUUCUCCCUGUACUAUAUCCUUAUAUGCAAUCUUUCUUUUAUAUAUUACUACCAUUGAAGUAACUACUUUAUAAAUUCGCUAUUCAUCUUGUUGUGCUAAUGAGGUAUGGCAACUUGUACCGAUGAAUAUAUGUGCCUGGUUCUACGUUGUAGCUUACUGACUGACCGAGUAUCUUAGUGGUAACUGAUGACAACAGAAAUUCUCAGAUUUCCAUAUUUCUCGAAAUGCCUUUUGCGAAACGUGUACAAUAUAAACUGCUUUUGAGAAUAUUAAAACUGGCGAUUCUCUACCAAUAGUUUGAUUAAUCGAUUGACUAAAAUGUCAUUUUAGAAAAGGGCAACUCGUUUAAAUAAUAUGAAUUCGUGCGUUUGCAUGUUAACUGUUGUUUUUAUCGCAAGGUUUCAUUGUCAUGUGGUAGAUUUGUUGUCGCUCUUCUUACUCGAACUCAUCUAUCGGAACCUACUGGUACGUUUCGAGAAACGUAUAAACCCCAUAGCCUAUAAACUGGAAGUCUAUAAACAUUGGUAUAAGAAGGUGCCAAAUAUAUAUGCGCCACAGGUCAUUCGACUUGCACUAGGUCUGAAAUACUUCCCGAGAGCCAAAAACAAAGCAGAUAGUUUCCUUCAGGCUUCGCUCCCCGAGCCUUCGACUUACAGGAUUAAUCCACAAGACAGUGGGGCAACAUUAGGAGAUGCAGUCCCAUGGUAGUCGGUGAUUAACACCACUUGUUCUCUUUGGAUCCUGGAGCCCAUAGGCACCAUUGGUUUGGAAUCAGGGUUUUUCAAUUCCCCUAGGUGGACUCUCCAUACCCACCAACCCGAUUAAAGCGCCAGCCAUUCACUUUUCGUCCUCUCAGUUUCGUAAACAACACCCACUUCACGAAAAGGCAGUGAGUAGGACUUCCCUGGCAGUGGUUGUAUACGCGUAGCCAUGUGAGAACAUUUCGAGAGGAAGAGCUGACUCCGCACUCUCGGCCGUACUAAGGCAUUUGGGGGCCUCAAAUAAGAUGGAAGCUAGUCAUAGUAAUCUGUUAGUUUUAUUUAUUAACGUUGGAUCGCUUUCUGACUAUAAGUUACGCACUAAUAUCAAUGUAGUAGUCAGAGUGUCUUGAAAUAAUAUGUAGAAAUCACAAAAAAUGCUUAAAAAUAGCUAUAGUUAUGACAUAUUUUUCUGAGAUGUAUCUGAGUAAAACCAAUUUCGCUACUGCCUAUUGUCCAUAUUUGCUAAAAAAAAAAGACGUUUUUUUAAAGCACAUAUGUCAAGUCAUUUGUGGAGAUGGUAGUGUAUCUAAGAUACUUCUGGAAACUCAGCGUUUUGACCUCAUAUUUUACACGGGUGGUACAACCAUUGGUCGCGAAGUUUACGUUGCCGCUGCGAAAAAACUUACUCCUGUUGUUUUGGAACUUGGAGGGAAAUGGUAAGAUAUCAUACUUCUGUGUGAUAUAUUUUUAUGUAUUUUCGCAACGAAUUUCUCUGUUGACAUCAAACUAUUCGGUUAUAAAGUGCACUUUACUAUCACUAUGCAUAUGAAGUGUUGUUUAUGGCUGUUUCAAUUCAUUUCACGUGAUUAGGUAGUAACCCGAUAGUUUUUCUGCGCUGUUUUAGGCCACUUUGUGUAACACCUAGUUAUUACUUGCUUUCAAUACAGAUUCUAGAACAAUGGGGGACUAUAAAUGAUGAUUGGUGAUAUUACCCGGUUGUUGAAACCAAAGGAGUUAAAGUAGUGACUCAGUGUUUAAAAACUUUUUAAACCGGUAAACUGUCUCCCAGUUUACUAUCGUAAACCUCAAUCACCCUUAAGAAAGAAUCAAUAGGUGCUUUAAACCAACAGUUUGUUUUAGUCUUAUGUGAAAUGUAAUCCAUUAGAAAGCAGUGAGAAAUGAAAUAAGUAUUACUUAAUGCAGCGGCUUUCCUACGAGGCAUACGGACAAGUAGGAAGAAAAAGUCUUAAUUUAAGGAUCCUUUAUGUACACAUUAACUAAGAGUUACAAUUAUAUCCAGUUAACACAAUCAGUCCAGUGUGAGUUCUGAUCAUCAACUAGGUGCUACCCAACAAAGCACUCAGUUGCUUCGACCCUGCAGCUUCAACCUUCGUGCCAAAAACUCCCUUCAAAAACCAUCACACUUAGCAAUCUCACUGAUAAAGUUUCAAGUAUCUUAAGCUCAUCGAUUCUCAGAUGGAAAUAAUCUACCUUCAUAAGUACGCAAAUCUUGUUGGGAAACUAGUCACAACAUUUCUAGGAAGUACCUACAUGCCUCCACUGCAUUCGUGUAGAUUUAAGUUGAUAAUUGCAAUUUGGUUGUGAUGUCAUCUACAGUUAAACCGUGAAGAAAUUCUAAAUGCACACCAAGAAGGGAAUUUUAAGACAAAAGACAUAAGUAUUUAUAAGUGGUUACUUUAGUUUGGUCAAAUCGUCAUUGUGAUUGACCUCAUUUUAGUGCGUACAGUGGUGGAAAAAUUAUAACUUCGACGAAACUAUCUCUUUAACACUGGUGGUAUCUACUAUUAUUGCACUGGUGACAGUAUCACACUUAUGAAUAAUACUAAGAUGUGAACUUAACUUUCUAAGGAAUUGCUGAAACUAGAGGGUUGAGAAUCGAUUUUGUGAAUUUUUUAUUCAUAUACGCUUUUUAGAUAAUGCGUAACAAAGCUGGUCAUGUACUGUUGAUAGAAGUUUAGUUUCAACUUACUGUUCAGACCACUAAUAAUGUUUAGGAUAGUAUUAAUGGCAACGGUUUUAUUUUUUGGGACCGUCAAAUUAGUGAUUAAUUUAGACCAUUUUCAUUGGGAGUAGCCGGAAAUGAACACCGCCCUUAUUUUUAAGAGCACUUGAGGAUCUCUUGUUCACCGACUUAUUGGUUAAUUACUAACACAGAUAAUAAUAGUAAUAUGAUAAAAUCCAGUAGAUCUCAGCAUCUGGUCCAGUGUUGUAUUAUUUAAAGUGUAUGGUACAGUCUUAAUUUAUUAAGGAAUGAACGACCUACAAAAUUUUGUCCAACUGUUUAAAGGAUCUAGUGGUUUUUUAAGGUAGUAAAUCUGUUCUUCUGGGUAGUAGUCUUGUCUCUGAUAUUAAAUCAUCCGGUAGCUUAAGUUUAUAAUUCGGUCCAGUUAUCAGCCAUCAUCGGACCACUUUGUACGAUCGCAUAUUGCCUAUCGAUCAGCAUUCUUUCCUUCCAUUUUAAUAGUUGAAAAUUCGUUCUUGAAAUGAAUAAUAUAAUACUCUAUAACAUAGAGUUGAUGUAUUUAAACACUUCUGAUGAGUUUAAAGUUCCAUGAUCUGUAACUUCUACAUUCUACCCAGUGAUGUAGAUAUAGAGUAGCCUAAAAUAAUAUGUAAUAGUUGUUAUAUCGCUGCCUAACUCAUUCGACUAUUCAUUCUAAGCGUUUGGAACUUUUUCUCAUAUUAUCUGUAUAAACUAGGUAGUAUUGUUCUAUGUUAACGACUAGAUCCAUAAUGGGUUAUUUUAUAGUUUAUUUGAACAUUUUACGCCCUAAAUUUCUAUUACCAAGCUAGUAUCAUAUUUCUCCUACCAAGUUGUCCUAAAAACUUCUCUUUUUACUAUUAGUCCUGUGUAUAUUGAUUCGGAUGUCAGUUUGGAUGUAGCUGUCAAGCGUAUUAUUUACAGCAAACUUCUGAAUUGUGGACAAAUAUGUAUUGCUGCGGAUUACUUAUUGUGUCACGAAAAAAUACUACCUGUUCUGAAAGAGAGAAUUGAAGAAACCAUAAAACAGUUUUUAGGCGAUAAUCCUCAAAAAUGUCCUGAUUUUGCACGCAUCGUCAAUGUCAGGCAUUUUCAGCGUCUUACAGAUCUACUGAAACAAACCAAAGGCAAAGUUAUGGUCGGUGGCAUGUCAGAUGUGAAUGACAAAUAUUUUGCCCCAACUGUUGUAUUUGAUGUUGAUGAAGAGGAUAUAUUAAUGCAAGAUGAGAUCUUUGGGCCAAUACUUCCUGUGUUGUCUGUAAAAUCGCCUUCUGAAGCGAUUCGGAUAAUUAAUUCCAAAGAAAAACCUUUAGCCAUUUACGUGUUUACUCGAAACAAAUCAGUAUUCGAUGAUUUCAAAAUGGCUACAUCUAGUGGUGCGAUUAUGAUGAAUGAUUGUACUGUACAUACUCUUAUACCAAAUAUUCCUUUCGGUGGUAUUGGUCACUCUGGAAUAGGGAACUAUCAUGGUCGUUAUUCGAUUGAAACCUUUUCCCAUCGUCGCCCAGUUAUUCUCAAGUCAGAAGUCGAAUACAUAAAUAAUAAAAUCCGUUAUUAUCCGUAUACUGAAAGUGGUCUGAGUUGGUUGCGUUGGAGUCUGAAGAAAUCAGAUAGAAAUGGCUGCCAAAUAUUAUAAAGAAUCCAUAUUACUUUUCUGUUACCUUUUACAUUGACCUUUAUUUAUAAAAUUUUUCACUCAUUUUCUGAUUUUGUUUUUUCCAAAAAAGAAAAUCACACUGACCUUAAUAUUUAUAAAUAUCUGUUAUGGAAUGCUAUUAUAUUAUAUCGAAGUACUUUUUGCAAACAGUUUUGUUGUGUUUUAAUUAAUGUGUGUACGCUGAACUAAACGUGUUUGCCAAUAUUACAAGUGAAGUGAAUAUUUGUUUUCCAGUCAUCAGAGAUUAUCGUAUCUGUUUUCAACAGUUAAAUAAUAUCGAUUAACUAUCAUUGGAGUUUCUGCAUAUUGAGAUUACGGAAUGGAUACAAUGUCUAUUAGUCUAUGGUUUGAAUCAGAGCUGUAAGUUACAAGACUUUAAGUUGGUCACUCAGUCAGUCAUCGUCAACGUGGAGCAUACGUGUCAGCCCAACAUACCGCCACACUAACACGAGAUAAUGUUUGCACUAUAAUUAGCAAACCAGUUGAAGUAAUGUAGUAGCAAUCAUAGUAAGGAAGACUGAACAUCCAGAAUGUGGUUCGAAAAUACAGAUUGGAAAGGAGUGUACGAAGGAAUUUUGGAAUUCAAGAUCCAGAGAAAGGUGAGUGGAUGCAUCUACGUCAAUGUGAGCGAUUCUGACCCAUAUCACCAAAAGUCACCAACCACUAAUCACGGUUAUCUCGCUAGCCUCAACUAAGUAGUGCACAUAUACCGACAUGGCUCACACCCACGGCCGGUGAGUUCAUGGACCAAUACUAUGUAUUGGUUUAACCGACCCUAGCUUUCUUUCAACCUACCACAUCAGAUAAUAUCACGCGUCGAGGUAGUCGGAGGAUGCCCAUACUUAAUACAUGUCCUAACCAUCUCAGUAGAUAUAUUCCUCAUCUCGUCAGUCAGUUUGUCAUCCUUACCACGUACUCUUCGUCUAACCUCGAUGGUUCUAUAAUAUACAAAUAUUAAUUCAAAAAGAUUUAUGACUGAAUAAUAGCAAUUUAAGAAUAUCCUCUAUCUUUAGAGGUCACCUUUCACAGCCGUAAAACAGAACUGUACGAACUUCUGAGCAGUAUGCUCGACCUUAAGUUGACAGACGAACAUCUCGUCUAUGCCAUGAGUAAUGAGAUUAGCCGAUAUGUCGUCAGACACCAACGCUCCAGAGCUGAUAAAACUUCCGAAAUAAGUGAGGUGAUCAACACACUCAGCUACUUCACUUCCUAUUAUUAGUUUAUGUAUUGACUUAAACCAGUUUUGAAGUAAGAUUUCGAAUUUAAGGGGAAAUAGUCAUAUCCCAAAUCUUUUUGUUUUGUUAUGCGGGGUGAACAGCAGAUUACGUUUUGUCUGUAUCUUCAUUAAAUAGAACUGUCCUAUCUGUGUAUUCUACGUAAGUGAAUCUCUUGAUGUAUUGGCUCCUGAAAAGUCAAAUAGCUUCAUCUCCAAGAAACAUCUAUGACAGCGUUAAAUAUAAAUGGGGAUAGCGGAUGACUCUAAUGAACACCACUUACUGUUGUCAAUUCCGAUGACAGGUAUUCAUAAACUCCAAGUCAACCAGUAGUGUUCACGCAGAUGGCCUGUACAAGAUCGAUGCACUUUUUUAGUACGCAUUUCAAUGACAAAAACUGCCAUAAAUCCUGCCAAUCAACUGACCCAAACUCUACCUUAGGGUCAAGAAAUAGAACUAUGUAUGGUAGUUGAUAGGAAUGUUUAUACUCCAGUACUUGAUGAGGAGUGAAUACUUGGUCUACGCAUCCACGUCAAGGUCUGAGACCUGUCUGGUUGUAUUCAUUACAAUUCGUAGUCCAGCGUCUGAUGGUUACUGACACUAAUAUUUUGGACACUACAUUGAUCAAAUUGAUUCCUCUAUGGUUGUGAAUUUUUGUCCCUCCUUAUAAACUGUAACGAUCAGCUAUCAUAACUAGUCAAACGGCAUUGCGUCAAGCUCCCAGUCUUUAGCUAGUUUUUUCGGUUAAUCUAGGUUCUUUAACUGGGCCAUCAUACCUAAAGAUGUCUGGGACCAAUCCAUUAGGGCUCGCUUCUGUCUUUUCUCUUAGGUCAGUUAUUUCUUUUUGAAUUUCAUAGUCUGACGGUUUAUACUGAAAUCCCAUUCAGGUUGUUCGGUAACAGUCAGAUACUAGAGACUAGUUAAAUUAUUCUUUAAAUGUUCUACCCAUAGUUCCGAUCUCCUAAACUGAGUGUGGAUCAUUGCUCCAUCCUUUUCUGAAAUAAGUAUCUAUACAAAGGUUGGACUUAGUAGUUUCAAAUAAAUUGAGCAUUGGAUAUAGUUAAUAAUAAAAAUAUAUUUGUUAUAUCCCAAUGAGUUGAAAAAAGUUUGUUACCUUUUUCUUUAAUAAGUCUAAAAAGUCUGUUAUUAUCCUUCCGCUCUACCUUUUCCAUCUCAUUUACUGUCAUUACCUACCACCAUUCACAAUCACUACGUACACCUUUCGGUCUGCUUUUAAGAUACCUUCGUUCCUCGUCGUGUUCCGAUUAUGAUUAGAUGAGAUUUUAGUGAUCUAUCCAUCCAAUAGAUGCUACCCAAACUAACUGACGUUUUCGCAAAGGUUUUGGUUGUAGCCACUGGUAGACCACUGUUGUUUCCAUAGAUGUUUGGAUAUCUUACCAACUUACAUCGGAGUGAAUAUUACUUUGCUGAUUGACUUACUGCUUCUUUAGUUGUUCUUGAAACAUACUCUUAAUUUUCCAUCGUUAAAUUUAAUCUUUAAAGGCUUUUCUGCUUCCACUAGGAUGCAGAUAAACACGUGUUCACUUCAGAACAUUACCAGUCUAAACAUGUGCUCCAGAAUGAGCAGAGGUCUUUUAUCGGGCCUCUACAACUAUGGCUGAUAGCGAUAAUGUUUAUUUGUAUAGAUCUUUGUGUCGAUUUCGGGAGUUGCCAUGUCAGAAGUUUCUCCUUAUAUUUGAAGUUGAUGCCUGAUAAUAAUAAACAUUUGCCUAAGCAUGGUUGCAGCAGACAGCCGUUGUUAUCUGUUCUCUAGGAUUGGACAUUGUAAGACCUACCUAAGUAUGUCUCACUUUUGUUUAGACUAUGCAGUCAAGCACUAGAAUUUCAAACAAACAGUAGUGUUCAAUCUUUUGGCUUUUCGACGGACAGUAAAAGCACUUUUUUAAAAUUCAUCUCUUCCAAAUUAUAGUCAGUUUGAACGUAGGCAGAGACGUUAAAGAGCCAUUGGAGUGUCCUUGUCUUUCCACGUUCCUAAUGUCUUGUUAAUUCUGACGGCUUGCAAAUAACUGUCUAUUACAAUUCAGUCUAGGAAAACCUGUUCUAAUGUAGUAACCAGAAGUUAGUGUCAGAACCUCAGAUUCACGCAAGUUGAAUCACAUGGAUUAUUUAUAAUGAUUGCACUGGGAUCCUAAACUUAUAUUUCAAAAACAGAAUAUCUCGAGACUUUAGAGUUCUAGCUAAGGUAGUUCGUUGUUCGAUAUGACAUAAGGUUCAAACAUUGGGAGCCUACUUUCAAGAGGUCAGAAGUAACAUUUCGUGAACUUAAAACCUUAGCAUUGGUGGUGUAUGUGAAUGAUCGAGUAACUGGAGAAGUGUUGAUAAUGGGAAUAGAAUGAAUAUUAGGAAGCAACAGAGGGAUUCGAUUGUAAACACGAUCACUAAUGUGGUUAAAGGCAUCGGAGUGAUUGUUACUUUUUGGUUCCCAACAAAGGCUAAAUACAGGAGAGAUGCUGCUAUACUCCGGUCACGAAAAGGAAAAUGCUCCGCAUACUCAGGGAGUUGCUCUAAUGCUGUUCAAGGUAGCACGAAAUACACUUGUAGGAUGGGAAUCUCACGGAUUCAGAAUCAUCAAAGCAUCAUUCCAGACAAAGAAGGAGGGGAUCUCAAUGAAUGUUAUGCACUCACCAAUGAUAGCAACGACGAAAAUAAAGAUCAAUUCUAUGAGAGGCUGCAAUCAAUCAUAGUGAAGUGCCCAAGAAAGGACCUCACCACUGAUGGGAGGUCUAAACACCAAAGUCGGAAUAGACAACACCGGAUAUGAAGAUAUCAUGAGACGACAUGGACUGCAAAUCUAUGUGCAUUCAAGAUAUUGGUCAUAGGCGGCACAAUAUUCGC